AUGGACCAGGGAUCUUCGAGUGGAGAUCGUCCGUGUUCUGGCACAACAUACGUUAUAUCCGCCCUCCAGAUCCACCCUCGUAAACUCUCACUCUUCUGCAAUACGGUAACCCCUUCUGCCAUCUGGCUCGUCUUCAUGAAUCCACCAGUCCAUCGCCUCGCAUUCCCGCCAGUCUCUCCUCCGUCAACUACAGCCGCUCCUUUAUCUAUGGUCACCCUUCCUCCUGACGUUCAACGACUGGAUUCGACACGCCCCUCUCGACUACGUGUCAUCCUGACAAACAAACGAUCACCCUCGUCCUUUGGGAGGCGUUCGAUCGUUCAUGGUGCAGAUUAUUUUUGA